CCCUCCCCCGUUGCCAUGGCGCCGCCCCGCCCCGCGCGGUCACGUGAGGCGGCCGCGCGCAGGGCGCCCCCCGCCGCCGCCGCCGCCGCCGCCCGCCAUGCUGCGCCCGCCCGGGCCCGCCCCGGGCUCGUGGCUCUGCUGAUCCGCCGCGCUCCGCUCGUGUCCCCCAUGGGCUCACCAGUGUCCUUCGUGCUCUCGAGGAUGUCGGGCUGCGGGGCCCCGGGGGCCAAGAGCCGGGUGACGGUGCCCAAGCGCGUGUGGGAGUUCGUGACGCGGGAGCGCGCCGCGCGCCUGGCGCUGCUGGCGCAGGAGGCGCGGGUGCGGAUCCUGGUGGACGGCGAGACCCCCGAGCUGUACGUGCUGCAGCUCUGCGCCGCCCCCCCGGGCGCCCCGGGCGGCGCGGGGCUCUGCCCGGCCCGCAAGGCGCUCAAGGCGCUGCUCAAGGAGACGGAGAAGGAGCUCAAGAAGCGCAGCCAGCGGCACGGCGAGGCGCCGGGGGCGCGCCCGGAGCCCCCCGCGGGCGCCGCGGGCUCUCCCGGCGCGGGCCCGGCGCGGGACGAGGAGCCGGAGCGGCAGUGCCCGAUCUGCCUGGGCGAGAUGCGGGGCCCGCGCACGCUGGAGCGCUGCCGGCACUCCUUCUGCGGGGAGUGCAUCGCCCGGGCGCUGCAGGUGCGCUCCGCCUGCCCCGUCUGCGGCCGCUUCUACGGGCAGCUGGUGGGCAACCAGCCCCCCGACGGGCGCAUGCUGGUCACCCGCGACGCCGCGCUGCCCCUGCCCGGCUACGAGGCCUUCGGCACCAUCAUCAUCCAGUACGUCUUCCCGCCCGGCGUGCAGGGGGUGGAGCACCCGAACCCGGGCGUGCGGUACCCGGGCACCACGCGCGUGGCGUACCUGCCCGACUGCCCCGAGGGGAACAAGGUGCUGGGGCUGUUCCGCAAGGCCUUCGCCCAGCGCCUCACCUUCACCGUGGGCACCUCGCUGACCACCGGCCGCGCCAACGUCAUCACCUGGAACGACAUCCACCACAAGACCAACUGCACCGGCGGGCCCCAGCUGUUCGGGUACCCCGACCCCACGUACCUCGCCCGGGUGCAGGAGGAGCUGCGGGCCAAGGGCAUCACCGAGGACUGAGCGGGGACCCCUCCCGGGCAGGGGGACCCCCCCGUGCACCGGGACCCCCCCAGGAUCACCCCGGGCAGCAAGGACCCCCCCGGAGCCCCCCUGGGCAGCGGGACCUCCCCAGGCAGGGGGUCCCCCCAUACAAGGGGACCCCCCCCGGGCAGAGGGAUCCCCCAUUCGACGGGACCCCCCCGUGCAGGGGGAUCCCCCCAUACAACGGGACCACCCCUGAGCAGGGGGCCCCCCCAGCCCCCCUGGCUGGCAGCGGGGGGCACAAGGAGGGGGCCAGGCCCCCCCGGGGGGGGUGGUGCCACCCAGCCCCCCGCAGCACGGACAGACGGACCCCUGUACAUAUCCCUGACCCCCAGGACAGACAGGGGGAUCCCUGCCCCCCAAGCCCCGGGGGGGUCCCACCCUCGGGGGGGGGUUAUUUAUUUUUUAUUUUUCCCCCAGGUCUGUAACUUUGAUCCAAUAAAAAUAUGCAAUGGA